AUGGUGAGACCAUUCGACAUGAUAAACAACAUCAAUGACCGUAAAGAGUUGUGGAAGAUCGGUGUAAAAGUUCACCACAAAUGGAAGGUUUCUUCCACUUCAAAGGAGCAUUUUGAGAUGGCUGUUAUUGACAAACAUGUUUUUUUUACGCUUUCGUUUCAUGUUGUUAGACUGUUGAUUUCAUGUUGUUUUACGAGCAAAUUCACUCCUCACUUACCAACCAAAGAACCAGAACGAUCGUUGCGAGCACAAAUCAGAAAAGCCAGACACGACAGACUGGAAGUGACAGAAGAACCGCUGAUAGUUUCUGAUUUUGAGAAAGAGGGAACCGUUUCAAUUCAUUCGGAACACUCUGAUUCUGAAAAUUCGGAUACCGAGUCUGAAACUAUGGCAGUUGCCCCAUCUCCUGUGGAGAGACUAUUAGGUGAUUACGGGGGAGCUAAUGCCCCGUUUGGAAGGAUGACAAUAGUGAAUCAACCAGUCAAUGUUGCCCACUUUCAAUUUCACCCCUCGACGAUACGGCAACUUGAAAGGAGACCUUUCUCAGGAAAAAUUAACGAAGGUGCCAACAAGCAUUUGCAGAGGUUUCUUACGAUGACUACGUCGUUAAAGAUUGAGGGGCAUUUUGAGGAAGCUAAGAAGCUGGUCAUGUUUCCGUUUACAUUGUCAGAAGAUGCUGAAGAGUGGUUCUACUCUUUACCUGCUGGAAGCAUCACAACUUGGCAACAGAUGGAGACAACGUUUCUCAACGAGUACUUUCCGGCUUCUAAUUUUGUAAAUGGUCUUCGGCUGAAGACUAAGCAACUCAUUAACACAGCAGCUGGUGGCUCAACCAAUUUUACAACAGCCACUGGUAUUAAAAAGAUUAUCGAAGCCAUUGCAGCCAAUGAGCACCUGGAGUUGUAUGACCGCAGUGUUAGUCAACCCGAAGGGAUAAUUGACCUGAAAUUGGCAAACCAAGUGGUGAAGAUGGAAGAUCAAAUAGCAGCUGAAGUAGAAAGGAGACUGAAGAAGAUGGCUAUUGAUACCCAAACUGUUGCACAGGUUCAACAGGUUCAACCAACUCACACUAGUAAUUGCGAAAUUUGUGGAGGACCUCAUCUUACCGUACAUUGCGUUGCUACCGCACAACAAAUUGAGGAGAUCAAGUUUCUUAGGCAGAACAACCCUUAUUCAAACACAUACAAUCCGGGUUGGAAAAACCAUCCUAAUUUCUCAUGGAAGGAUCAACAAGGAAAUGUGAAGAACCAACCACAGCAACAACAAUUUCAACCUCAGCAACAACAACCGUAUCAACAACAUCAACAACAGUUUCAGCAACAGGUACCAAGCAAAGCUGAUUGGGAGCUUGCCAUUGAGAAGAUGGCCGCUCAAAGCUCCCAAUUUCAAGAAGAGACUCGGAGUAAUUUAAAGAACACAAGUGCUUCAAUUAAGAAUCUUGAAAUCCAGAUGAGUCAGAUAGCCCGACAACUAGCGGGCUCUCCACAACAGGGAGUUUUACCAAGUUCUACGGUUACUAAUCCUAGAGAAAAUAUUCAUGUGAAUGUGGUGACCACAAGGAAUGGUAAGUCAAAAGAAAUACCUGAGAAGAGUUCUGAAGAAGAAGACUUAUUGCUUGAAGUUGAUCUAGAGAUAAAAGAAAAUGAGGUUGCAAAUGAAGAGGUCACUCAUGAUGAACGAGUGGUUAAAGAUAAAGUGAUUGAUCCAAAACCGUCCGUCAAACUGCCAUUCCCAACAAGAAAUAAGAAGAAAGGGCAGCAUGAGAAAAACUUUGAGAAGUUCUUGGAAAUGUUUAAAAAGCUUGAGCUAAACAUUCCUUUCUUGGAGGCGCUUGAGCAAAUGCCUACUUACGCAAAGUUCAUGAAAGACAUCAUCUCGAAGAAGCGGACCAUAGAGACUAACCCGAUUAUUCUAACGGAAACUUGUAAUGCCAUUUUGCAGGGUAUGAAGGUUCCGGUGAAAAAAAAAGAUCGAGGUUCUCUGACUAUUCCGUGUGCCAUUGGAGAUAGAUCCUUCAAGAAAGCUCUAAUUGAUUUGGGAGCGAGUGUAAGUCUUAUGCCGUUGUCCAUCUAUAAGAGGUUGGGGAUAGGAAAAAUUCAAGAUACAAGAAUGACACUCCAGUUUGCUGACCACUCUGUGAAGAGACCUUAUGGGAUAGUAGAAGAUGUGCUUGUGAAGAUCGACAAGUUUGUGUUUCCAGUGGAUUUUGUCAUUUUGGAAAUGCCGGAAGAUGAAGAGAUACCAAUCAUUUUAGGGAGACCAUUUUUAGAGACCGGGAGAUGUUUGAUCGUCAUAGAAGAAGGCACGAUGACUUUGAAAGUGUAUGAUGAAGAGUUAAAAAUUGAUGUGCGAAACACCAUGAAGUACAAGGAUGAGGUUGCCACUAGUCAACAUAUUGAGACAAUCGAUCAAAUAUGUGAAAAGAAAAAUUGCUUGACAACACAAAAAUUACCCUUGGAAAGGGUAUUGAGCUUAUCAAUUUUAACAAAGAGGAAGUAG